CAGUUCACGUAACACUGAGGCUCACGCAUGGUUUCAUUAACAGAGCCCUUAACAGUUCAAAAACCGCUUGAGACAAGCAGCUGAGAUCAAGUAACUACCACGUUAUCAGCAGCUACCAGCAAGCAACAGUGGACGUAGAAUAUGACUCUGUUAUGAAUAAUAUCUUUCCUGUUUGUACAUACAUUUGUGUGUGUGUAUAGAAAAACCGGAGCUACUAUUAGAAAGACUGUAUCAAAAUUGUUACGUGAUGUGUCUAUAAACACGUUGGUAUUGUCAGAACUGUUGGGAAGCGAUAUAUUCUCGGUGUUGUUAUAUACAAUAGUUUGUGUGUAACGUAGUUCAUAUUCUUCGAAUCGUUACAUAACGAAUAACCUAAGAAUUCAAUUCCAUAUAAUUCUACAACGGAGCGUGUAAUGAACACUAACUUCUAACUUGUGAAGACUAGGAGAUGACAAACUUCAUGUCAGUACAUGUUGUGGUACUUGGAAGUAAGCAGGCUGGUAAAACAGCUGUCAUCGUUCGUUUUCUUACCAAAAGGUACAUUGGGGAAUACAAGUCAAAUAUAGACUGGCUUUAUAAACACAGUGUAACCUUUGAUGACAUGGUCAGUAACGUAGAAAUACUGGACGUUUCUCGGUGGCCAAAUGAUUCUAUGCCAGAAGAGGAGGUACGUUGGGCUGACGCCUGCUUGGUGAUCUACAGCAUUUGUGAUCGAGACAGUUUUAACAAGGCCCACGAUAGUCUCGAUUUGGUUCACCGCUUGAGGGCGCCAGGUUACGUCCCAAUUGUGUUAGUAGGAAACAAAAAAGACUUGGAGCACUGUCGACAGGUGUCUUAUGAAGAUGGCAGUGAACUUGCCAGUCAAUAUGGCUGCAAAUUUUAUGAAGUAUCAGCUGCCGAUUCUUUUGUUGAAGUUUCUACCGCUUUCCAGAACUUAAUUCGCGAGGCAAGGACAUUGCAUCUUCAACGUUCUUUACCUCGCCAAAGAAAGCUCAGUAUUGUAAGUAUGUCCAAAAUGUUUGGGGCUAUGUUUGGUAAAACUUCUCCCAAAGUUGUGGUCAAAGAUAAACGCCCGUCUUUUUCUUUGUAAGUUGACUUUUAAAUUCAUAUGUAGUGGUCAGGUCUGUUUUAAAAUGAGUUACUCGGCUGAAGCUAGUUCGCGAAAUUUCGUUGUACAAUUCUAUUUAAAAAAAGGUCAACUUUUGCUCUUUAUUUAUUAAAUACUACAAAACUUUACUCUUCCUGCCAUGCGCAUUCCUCGUGGCAAAUAUAGAAAAAAAUCUAAUAAGGAACAAACUGAUAUUCAUUAAAGACGAAACGGAAACGCAACUGUAAAGAAACAUUAUAUUCACUACUCAAAAUGUUGAGAUUAUCAAUGGUCAAACUUGCUUGUAACUCUUGACUAUGUUAUUAUAACAGCAUGAUUGUCUCCGUGGUGUUGGUAGAAUGCCCACAAAUAGGUUUCCUCCCAAUUCUAAUUUAUCGAGAUAGCACAAUAAUUUAUCCUAGUGUACUUACUCUCUAUGUAUACCGGAACAUUUUGUUCUAUUACAAAAAGUCCAGUAAAAAGUGGAGAUUGAAAUUAUGUAGUAUAUCUGUCUAUAUGCCUAGGCAAAUAUAGUAAAUCACGUAUAUAUACAGUAAAGGUUUUACUAUCCGGUAUAUGCUGGAUUUCAGCAACGCAGGAUACGCGAAAAUUCUCCCUACGAAAGCGUUUCCCUUGCGAUAUUUCAGAGGAAAAACUUUGACACCUUGUUAAUGUUCUAAAAUAGAGUAUUUCUAUAUCUUUAUAAUGAUAACAGUUUUAAACAAUAACACAUUUUGUAAAGAAACUUAACUUUUGGAUGUAGAAAAUAUAUACAGAUAACGUAAACACAUUGCGAAUCUCAGUUCAGGCGGCUAACAACUGAAGCUUGCUGGCGGGAAAGAAUAUGAACAAAACCACAGCAGCGCCACUAAGCGGUAGCGUCGGUUAAGUAGAGUCGUGAACUUUCGAUGAGCUUCGAGAGCGUUCCGAGACAUUCCGGAUGGAAUUGUGCUGAAUGCCGGUUUCUACAAUAAGCAUUUGUAUUUGGAGAUAUUGAUAUUUCCGAUUACAAGAGCUUUCCGGAUGCGAAGAUACCGUAUAUGUAAGCUUUUACUGUAUAUACAGAAGAAAAACAAAUAGGAAAGAUGGCAGAACCCACUCAGGAUCUCGGAGAAUACAUGCAUUAAAAAAACAACAACAAAGAGAUACACCCCUUUCGCUCUAGUGAAGUAUCAUGUAGGUGCACGAACAUACAUAUAUACAUUUACCAGUUAGAGCUUUUACACUAAUGAACAUUUUCAUAUAUAAAUAAACACGACGCUCAGAUCUCUCUUUGUGGGAUGUUUUCUGGGCUUAUAUGUUUGUUAAACAUGUAUUGUCUGUGUUUUAUAAAAUUCAUUAAUAGCUUAUGUAAAUGCUGUGAUAGAGAAUUGGUUUAUGUUAGUUAGUGUUAACUUCUUCGUCGAUACUUUCACUUCUGAAAAUAAAUAAACCCUCAAUCCACGCACUCUCGAUUCUCUAAUUUAAAUACGUCGGUAUAUCACUGAGUUAACUACAAAAAAACCUAUUUACCGUUAAAACCAGACUUCUGGAGAAUGACCGCACCAGCAAUAAAAACGUCGUACCUUUUAAAUACUCUAAACAAUGGGCUAUCUGUGCUCUGCCCACCACGGGUAUUAAAACCCGGUUUCUUGAAUUGUAAGCUCGCAGACGUACCGCUUUGCCACUGUGGGGGAGGGGGCUUUUAAAUAAGUCUUCCUACUUAUAAAAGCUGUAACUUGUAAACAUACUUAACACCAAUAAGUAAAGUCAAAUGAGAUUAUAUGUAUAAUAUAUCUUCGAAAUAUGUGAACAGAACUGGCACAGAGAAUGGUAUUAUUUUAUCAACUAAGAGCCUCUCUGUCUUCAGUACUAUAAAUGAUAACGAUAUUAUGAAACAGUUUUGUUGUGUGGUUUAUGUAAUGGACGAAACAUCUUUACAAUAGGUAAUAUAUUACUUUGUGAUUUGCAAAAAAAUAUUUGUUGUCGUGCUGACUUUAGAAUUUUUAUUUAUUAUCAUUUUAAAAAGGUCAACGUACGAGGCACUUAGUAAUAAUUUGCAAAAAAAGUUCUUCAUAUUUUACACUAUGAAAAGGCGUCAUGUUGUAGAAAUUAUAACAUAACUAAAGAUUACGAUGUUUCUUAGAAAUUCUCAAACGUUUUUCGAAAUUUCAAACCUGUAUGUACAGAAGUGCAGUGCAACAAAGUUGAGUAGGAUUAGCAUAUUAGUGUAUUCAUUUGGAGAAAUGAACGUAAAAAGCAGUAUUUACUUAAUGUGUAAUAAUGCUCUUUUAUACAAUUUUUGCUGUUUUGACCUUGUUUUUCUAUCGAACACUGUUAUUAUGAAUCAAUAAAGUUAUUAAUUUUACAGUCA